AUGCCAUUUAACCCUUGGGGAAGUUUCACCAGCCGAAAAUUGCUCGAUCAUUUUCCCUCUCUCGGUGAUGAUGAAUUUGGUUGGUCUUGCUUGUGCCUUGUUGUUUAAAUCGUUCAAUUUCCAUCUCAUUUUGCCACGAUCACGAUACCAACUUGAAGGGGUUUUGUGAAGUUUUUUUUUAUACGUGGUUGUUGAUGCCGAUGCUUCGAAUUGUUUUGGUUUGAUGCUCAUCUCCGUGUGCUCCGGUUUUCGGUUCCUCUCCAUACGGUGGUAUGAAUUUUCCUUAACCCCUUUUCUUAUAUCGCGAGUGUGCCGAGUCUUCCUUAGUCGUGUUCUCCGAUGACAGUGUGUACAACCCUUUUUUUUAGUUUUGUUUUUAGUCCGUAAAGCAAACUUAUACACAGACACGUAAAAGAAAGUUUAAAUGUGUGAGAACCAAACAACGGAAAACAUGUCGAUCUUCAAUGCCCAAGAAACAAGAAGUCGACGAUGAUGAUGAUGAUGAUGAUGGCAUCAGGAUAUCCAGAGAAUUCGAAAGAGAAGAGAAAACGAAUGCAGACACAAACGUGAGAUGGCAGCGAAUGAAAUCGAUGGCAGUGUGAACGAAACGAAAGAAUUCCCGAAAGUCGACUAGAUCGGGUUUUUCUCGGCAUGUUGGCCACCGUUGCCGCCAGUGCAGCACCAAAAAAAAACGAAAGAAAUGCUCUCCAACAAAAAGGACCACGUUUCUUGUUGCAACGUGCGCUUAGCAGCUAAAUGAAAAUAAAGAGAAUAACUAAACAAAAAAACAACCUUCCCGUCCCGAUCCACAUCGAAGAUGUACGGAAGAAACUGAAACGGUCAGAUGGUCCUGCCGACAACUACACAUGCACAACUGGAUGAUGAUGAUGAUGAUGAUAACGACAACGACCACCACAAACAAAAGCAAACACCGGUAGCCGGGUUUUGAAGUUUUCCUUGCCACACACUCUGGAGGCCCGAUGGACUUUUCCUUCGCACUGUGCGCUCAGAUAUUCUUUCGGCUUCGAUCUGUACAGUUGACAGUCCAAGGAAUAUAUUUACACACAACUAGCGAACUCGCUUUCGUACUUUUGACCGUUUUUUGGGAGUUGCAUUCAGCGUGGCCGUGAAUGAUGCUUUCGGCGGAAAGCAAAAAUAAAAUAUUGGCCACGGGAAAAUUAAUUUUACAUUUUACGGGAUCUGCAUGCGGUGCAUAAUUAAAAUUAGAGGAUUGUGCACUUUUCAAUCUAAAACAUUACGUGAGCUUAUCGGUGAACGUGCAAAUCGGUGAACGACUAGAAGUGAAACUUUCAAACUCAGUGUACCACUGUUGCUAUGGGGACCAGUCAGUGCAAUAUCCUGCGAGCUGAGUAGUGGAUGCGUUCACGCUGUGACUGUUCUGUUGUUGAGUUUCGUGAUUGCGUGAAAGCGUAUCGGAGCGAUAAGGAACAUUCGGAAAGAAAGAUUUCAAGUGUAUCGCAAGAAGUGACACGUGGGUGAAAGAAUUUCCAACUGCAAUAAAGUGCAUAUUUUGAACGACGAUAGGAAAAUUAAUCUAGCAAUAGCAAACGGAUCCGUAUAGUUCGAUUAGAUUAGGAUAUUUCUUUUGUUACUUCGUAUCUCUUGUUAUGUUACAUGUUUACUUUAGUUAGUGGCGUAUUUUGCAUUUUGUUAUAAAAAAAAGAUACAUAACUCGCAGGGCGAUCUGUAGGCAAAAUUUGGCUAGUUUCCCGCAUCCGUAACAGCUUUUUACUUUGGCUUUCAAGCUUCCGCGCGUUUUUUCCCCUGCACGAGUUGAACCAGUUUAGUUUAGGGCUUCUUAGACGAAGAGGGGUUUCGGUGAGUUCUAGGAGUUGUUUUGUUUUUUUUUGCGACCGUUGUGUUUGUGCUCUGCUAACGUAACUAACGCAAAUCCUGCACGCCGUAUUCCACGCCGUCUUUGCAAUGCUUUGAAUGUGCGCUCCAACACCCGUACCCCAAACGUUCCCAACCCACCCUGCCCCAUAACUUUUGGGCCGCUUGGCGUCAACGGUAAUGGAACUCAAGCCCCGUUCCGGUUCACCAACAACGGUUACAGGUAGUGGUGUGAUAGUGCAGAGUACGCUAGCGGCCGGUUCACACCCGGACGUCGGAACGGAAAGCGCGGGCAACAGUAGUAGUUUGAUAGCCGGUACCGGCAGUAGUAGCGUAUCGCCCUUAGCUAGUACCGUAGUAGGUCCGGUGGGAACACUUGCCGACCGCAAGUCGGAACUGUACGGUGCUGUUAGUUGCGCUGUGACGACAAACACGUGCACGGUGACGAAAGUUGCACCUUCGUCCUUGACAUCCGCCCACGGUGGUAAACGAUCGCCGUCCAUCGCGACUCCUGUGAAGGGUGCGAACGUGUCUGGGGGAAGUAUUGCGACCGGAUCGACCUCCUGCAUACCGAGCCCCAUCUUAAGCCCACCGGGUAAAAUCUUUGGACGCAACAACAACGGAAUCAUGGUUGUCACAUCGACCCCAUCAAACGAAGCAGAGCUUCAGCUGUACCGGGUGCUGCAGAGAGCAAGUUUGCUCAAUUAUUAUGAUACACUGUUGGAGAUGGGAGGUGAUGAUGUGCAGCAGUUGUGUGAUGCAGGCGAGGAAGAAUUUCUCGAGAUAAUGGCACUGGUUGGGAUGGCUUCGAAACCACUGCACGUUCGCCGUCUCCAGAAGGCACUGCACGAAUGGAUGACCAAUCCAUCCGCCUUCCAGAGUCCGCUCACGAACGUGGAUAUCCCGUCGCGGAUCCCGUACAGUCCGGAACCGGGCUCGAUAGCGCGCAGCGUUACGACGGCUGGCACUGGACCGUACGGUGGUCCAUCGACCGUGGCCGGCAGCUUCUCGAACCUGACGGCCAAUGCCACAUCCAGUACAAACCUUCCACUUACACCACCCACCCCGAUACCGGUUGCUCCCGCUUCCUCUUCCUCAGCAGCUGUUGCCGCUGCAGCAGCUUCCGGUGCGUCCUCUACCCUCGGCCAUCUCGGCACGGGUGUGGGUUCGCUAGGUCACCAUCAUCUUCUACAUCACCACCAUCACCAUCAUCCGCUGAGCAGUAGCAAUCUGAGUAGUACGAUCAGCAACCAGAUCGGUUCGACAACCAGUGGUUCGGUGCAGCUGACACCUUCGCUCACCGAAGAUCAGGUGGCAAAGAUUGUGCAGGCAGCGGAACGAUUGUCCCGCACAUUGCCCCGGCUGGAACCACGCCAGCAAAGCAUCAAGAAACGAUCGGCACGCGAUCUGGAAGCCGUGAUCGCAAUGAGCGAAAGUGAUCCCCGACGGAUGGAGGAGAUACGGAAGUAUUCGGCCAUCUACGGACGGUUCGACUGCAAGCGUCGACCCGAGAAGCCGCUCACACUGCACGAAGUGUGCGUAAAUGAGGCGGCGGCCCAGAUUUGCAAAUACAUCCCGGCACUGUUGACCAGGCGCGAUGAGCUGUUCCCACUCGCCCGGCAGGUCGUUCGUGAUUGUGGCUUCGGUCAUUCCGCUAGCAUACGAUUGACAGGUUUGAGUCAAACUCAGCAAAAUCGUGGAGAUGAACUGGACACAGUGCAACAACUAAAGCGAGCGCGUCUCUCUAGUGACACAAGCUCCGAUAUGGGCAAGGAAAACUCCGAUGACAAUCGGGACAUUUCGAGCGGCUCCAUUUACCAGCAGAUCAGUGACAAACCCUUCGAUUUAACUGAUUCAAGUAAAUUUUCAUACACUAGAUCCGAAUUUGAUGACACAGAUUCUCGAUUUAGUUUUAGCAAUUCAAGUUCGUCACCAGUUCAAGCUGGAAAUGGAGCCGACCGAGAUUUGAGCGAUCCCGACUUUGGCGACUUGCGUGCACACACACCCCGUGUGCUGGAUCCUAUCGGUGGUUCGUUGGGCGUACAAGUCAUCUCUUCCUCCGGUGGUCACAUCAUUGCUGUUGCCAAUCCGGCCCUUGCACUCAGUCCAGCACUCAGCGAAGCGAUCUCCAUCAAGCGGGAAACCAUCUCGCCGGAUCUCUGAACUCCGAUCUCAACGCACGAUUCACACCAACACUUAGAGUACCGUUUACGCACUGUAUCAUAGCCUGUAGGAAUAGGUUCUAUUUUUUUUAAGUUUUUGUUUAUUCUGUUUUGCUUUCUGGUGAAGGAUUUGGCAAAAUUUUCGUAGGUCAAGGCAUCUCGGUUUAGGUUGUGCUAGUCGGUUAAACUUUUUAAAAGUUUGUUUUAAUACAUUUCAUAUCCGCAUACAUGCUAUUGAACAAUUUAGGAACAAAAGCAACGUACUUACUUGAGAAACUUUAGUGCAACAUGCCGUUUAAGGCUGCUAUCGGACGAGAUAAGCAGCAUAAUAGAAAAGCAUAGGAAAGGCAAUUGGAAAUCUUUUUUUGGCAAUUUAA